AUGGAGCGUGGGUGCGGUCUUAGCUGAGACAGAGGAGGGUUGGAAUUCGGCUGGGGAGAGAGAGAACCGUUGACCUAUAUAUAGAUGCAUGCUUUUCAAUCCACUUGCCUUCCCCGCCAGUAUAGAUAUUCAUCAGACGUGGAAAUACGGAUUAUGCCAUCUGCGGCCAUAGGACUCGGGAAGCGCCGCAUUCCGUCUGAUCUGCGAAGUUAAGCCGAGUGCCGCUCAGUCCCCUACCAUGGUAGGGGACUAUGUGGGAAUCCUGAGUGGUGCGGUUUUAUUUUUUCCUUUUGCUACUUCUUUCUCCCUUGUCAGAAUAAAUACGUAACAUUUCUCGCAUCCUGAGUGGACAAAGCCGCUAGCCAAAAAUAUUCUUACAGCGGCUCGAGAAAAUGCACGUCAGCGCUUUGCUUAUCUUCUCCUCACUCGGCAUCGCGAACUCCAUUUCUGGAGUUAUCGCAAACUCAAAUGUUCAUGAACGGACCAGUGGUACGAGGGAGGUUCGGUUGUGGGAUCAUCGAUCCAAAGCACCAAACUGUCCCAAGACUGCCCACACGGAGAGUCUGUCGAAUAGCACAUUGUACCUGUGGGCUAUCAAUGCAAAGGACGGGUAUUCUUACCCUGAGUGCUGGGCUAUGCAACCCAAUUUCACUAUUCCUCACCUGGCAGGCUUGGAGGGGACUCUAGGUUUAAGUUUGGGUAACGGCUCAGCCGUGGGAUACAAUAGGUGGACGAAGGCUUUAAAUUCUUCCCUUCAUGGACCCCCCGCAAACCAAUAUGUUAUGAUCCUCACUGGCUCUGUGCUGGUGCACUUCCCCAAUGUUACGGAUAUAGUAAGGCUGGUCGCAGGCCAAAUUAUCAUCGCCAUCGACAUCUCUUCCGUCUCCUCUGGACAUUAUAGUGACUGGGCCGCGGGAGCCUCGGCGAUAUCGGUUCAGUUCCAAAAUGGUUUGAUACCAGCCCAUUCUGUCGUCAACUCGUCCUAUUGCGGGUAACUUUGAUCGGUAGUGGUCGUGUAUACAUCUUAUGGAGGGUGCUGCUGUCGCUACAUUUUGUUUGUCAUGGAGGCUGGAGUCUUGCCUGUCGCUAUAUAGUACUACACAGAUUUCCUGAACACAGAUCAGGCACGGGCCUGCACUGCUAUUUCAAUAGGUCGUAUCUCGAAUUCCGUAUACAGCUGGUGGGGGCUCCAGUAACCUCAGAGGUGAUAUAGAAAAAUAUAGUGUUAUGCCCCGAAGGGGCCUUUGUUGGACCAGAUGAGAGUAGUUAGAAUUUUUUAGGGU